UAUUUGACCCCCAUCGGCCAUCAGCGUAACACUGCAGCAGAGAAGAAAGCGGCGGCGAUGGGGAUGGAGGCGGUGGUGGAGGGGCUGUGGGCCCUUGCGGAGGAGGCUGAGCUCCACCAUGACUACGGCGGCGCCGUCAAGUGCCUGGAGGCCGUCCUCCAGUGCGGCGCCUCCCUCCUUCCCCUGGUGGAGAUCCGCACCCGCCUCCGCCUCGCUUCCCUCCUCCUCUCCCGCUCCCACAACCUUAACCACGCCAAGUCCCAUCUCGAGCGCACGCUCCUCCUCCUCGGACCCGCCCCGCCCUCCGCCCUCCCCCUCAAAUUCCGCGCCCAUUCCCUCCUCGCCCACUGCUACCACCUCGUCGGCGCCAUACCCCCCCAGAAGCACAUCCUCCUCCGCGCCCUCCAACUCCUCCACCAGUCCUCCCUCCCCUCCGGCGCCGCCUCCCUCCUCUGGUCCUGCAACUUCCACUCCCAGCUCGCCUCCGCCCUCGCCAUCGAGGGCGACUACCCCGGCGCCCUUGCCGCCCUCGCCUCCGGCCUUGCCGCCGCCUCCGAGCUCCGCCGCCCCGAGCUCCAGAUGUUCUUCGCCGCCUCCGCGCUCCACGUCCACCUCCUCCACUGGGACGACCCCUCCUCCGUCGAUGCCGCCGUCCGCCGCUGCUCCGAGUUCUGGGACUCCAUUCCCAUCGACCAGAGAAGGCACUGCCUCGGCCUGUUCUUCUACAAUGAAUUGCUCCAAACCUUCUUUCUGCUGAGGAUUUGCGACUAUAAGAGCGCUUCGCAACACGUCGAGAAGCUGGAUGCCGCCAUGAAGGACAAUGUGCAGAAGGUUAAUGUUGUCAAGAGAUUGGUUGGUGAGCUGGACGCUGUGAAUCGGAGCCUCUCGCAGUCUAAUUUCCAGAGGAGGGAAAGGUUGUUGUUGUGCGAGAAGCAGGCUCAGCUGCAGGAACAGUUGAAAGCUCUUACCGGGUUGGACUCGGACCACCUAAGCAGCUGGGAAUUUGAAGAUAAGUUGCUGUUGGCACCUCCGCCAUUGGAUGGGGAGUGGCUCCCGAGGAGUGCUGUAUUUGCUCUGGUGGAUCUCAUGGUUGUCAUGGUGGGGCGCCCGAAAGGGGUGUUUAAGGAGUGCGGGAGGAGGAUACAGUCUGGGCUGCAAUUGAUUCAUGAGGAACUUGUGAAACUGGGUAUAAAUCAUGGUGUGAGAGAGGUGGAUUUACAACACUCAUCGAUCUGGAUGUCUGGGUUGUAUUUAAUGCUUCUAAUGCAGUUCUUGGAAAACAAAGUUGCAGUAGAACUUACGCGAUCAGAAUUUGUUGAAGCUCAAGAGGCCUUAGUGCAGAUGAAAAAUUGGUUCGUUCAUUUCCCAACAAUCUUGCAGGGGUGUGAAAGCAUUAUAGAAAUGCUUAGAGGGCAGUAUGCUCAUUCUGUUGGCUGCUUCCAUGAGGCAGCUUUCCACUUUAUUGAAGCUUCAAAGCUGACUGAAAGCAAAUCGAUGCAAUCGAUGUGCCAAGUUUAUGCAGCUGUGUCCUAUAUCUGUAUUGGUGAUGCAGAAUCAUCUUCACAGGCACUAGAUUUGGUUGGCCCAGUUUUUAGAAUCAUGGACUCCUUUGUUGGAGUGCGAGAGAAGACUUGCAUUGUCUUUGUUUAUGGGCUUUUAUUGAUGAGGCAACAUAAUCUACAGGAGGCACGCAUUCGCCUUGCCAGUGGCUUGAAGAUAGCACACCAACAAUUGGGUAAUAUUCAACUUGUUUCUCAGUACUUGACAAUCCUAGGUACGUUAGCACUUCAACUACAUGACACUGGACAAGCUAGGGAGAUACUGAAGUCAUCAUUGACAUUGGCAAAGACACUAUAUGAUAUUCCAACACAGAUCUGGGUGCUCUCUGUUUUAACAGCUUUAUAUCGAGAAGUGGGUGAGAGGGGAAAUGAAAUGGAGAACUCUGAGUAUGAAAGAAGAAAGGAAGAUGAUUUGCAAAAGAGGCUAUCUGAAGCUCAUUCAUGCACUCAUCACCUUGACUUGGAAAAGUUUCUUUCAUAAGCUUCGGUCCCGGCUCCAAAAUUGUUGGAAGUGAAGCUCGGUUCUCUGGCGCUCUCUCACCAAGCAAAGGAGAGCUGGAUGCGAAACUUCAGAUCAUGAUCGUCGCACAAUAACUUCGAAACUGUGCAAUCUACUCAAACCAAGGUAGCUGCUUAAACUAAGCUAUCUAUCUAUCUUCUCCUGCUCUAGCGCUCAGACGUUUGGAAGCCUGCUCUCUAGCAUCAGCUAGGGGUAUGGGAGUUGGAUCAGGAAGUAUGUAGGAAGUCCAUUCCUUUCUCUCGGACAAGGCAGGCAAUGUCGGAAAUCACAUCGACAGCCUGUUUGCCUUCUCAGAAACACAUGGUAAAUCUGAGAAACAAGUCCCAACAUGCAAUGGAAUGGAUGUCAUAGAGGCAAGGGUGAUUGCAGUGGGAUUUGUAUUUUUCAUCCGAACCCAAAGUAUUGGGAAGCACUAGAUUUGGAGGAGCCUGUUAACCUUGAAUAAUCUCCGGAUUGCGGUCUUUGGAUACAAGCCAUGCAAUAUAACACGCUUCUGGUCUCUUGUCUUCACUUCGGAGCUCUGUGGAGUGUUGGUAAAAGUCAAGCAGAGGUAAUGCCAAACACAGCUUACAGGAGCCAGAAGGCACCCCUCAACCCAACUUGUACGUUGUCUAUGCUGCAGCAGCCUUUGGACAGAGAGAACAUGCUGAACAUUCUCAGAUGCAUCUUGAUGUUCCAAACCCAACUGAUAGAGAACAGAGUCCAUGCUGUUUCUGAUCUGAUCAUAAACCUUGGCCAUCAUCAUUCUAAUGGCUAACACCUAUAGCUGGGAAGUUAACCACUUAGUAUGUUUCCAUACCAAAGCUCAAUCCAACCAAGUAUGUAAAUUUCGCUAUAUCCUCUUUUGAUUUGAGACCAAGAUCCAGUUGAAUUCUACCCAUCUUUUUCAUUUAUUUUCGAGCUAUUGAAUUCAUUGGAUAAUGAUUCCCCCGUGGAAAAAGUUUAUGCUGCUAUUUGAUUUUUUUGCC